AUGGCUCGCUUUGCCUUUCUCACUGCUUUGACCGCAGCUCUCCCUGCUGCCCUCGCGGCCUUCAAGGAAGGAUGCGCAGAUGCACCAUGGGACUCAGACAUUGACUUCUUUGAAACAAAGUUCGCGUGUUCAGAGUCUGAAACAAACCCAUUCUGUCCCGAGUACAACAACACCUACGUCAAAAUCAGGAACCGACAGGCUCGAUUCGUUCUGCUGCAUUGCACUAACGAGCCUCCUCCAGCAGAGAUCACCGCCAAUUCCCUUGUUAUCAAGGCUCCAGUUGAAAGCGUUGCCGCACUGGACGGCUUCUCUCAGAACCUCAUCGACAUGCUUGGAAUGUCUCACACCAUCAAGCGUGUUGGAGAAUAUGGUACCGUUACCUCUUCUUGCGUACGUGGUCUUAUGCGAGAAAACAGCACCUACGACACUAGCAAAUGGGAUGAAGCGCCCCCGGUUAAUGUCACUUUCCAUGGCGAUAUUUCCCGCCGCGAAGAUUCAUCUCAAGUACUCAUCCGAAAUGACGGUAAUUUUGCCCCCAUGACUCAGCUCAGCUACCUCAAGUUUAUUGGUAUGUUUUUUGGCAUGGAGGAACAGGCCAACUCUAUAUACAACGCGAUUGCGGGCAAUUAUCGUUGUGCGGCAUCCCAUGUCAAUUCCCUCAUCACCCAAAAUUCCUAUCCGCAGGGAGCGUUCUUGUCUGCCGUGCAAAAGAACGGCUCUGAAUUGUCUGUGGAUCAGAGCACAUGGUGGAGUGUUCUGACUUCAGAUGCCGGUACUCGCGCCGUCAACAUUUCUCACGACAGCGAGAUUACUCAUGUUAAUGUUGCCCCUGAUGAUCGGCAAAAUGCAUUUGCCCAACAGUCCUUUGCCAUCGUCGACACUACCCAGUAUUUAUACACCGAAGACAUGAGUGCUGCCCAAGAAAGAGAGCGCCUUGACACCUCAGCCUGGAAAGAGGAAACUGGCAUUUCUGACAACAUCUAUGCUGUGCGACAGCAAAAUAUCUAUCUUGCUGACAAGAGCACCAACCGGAACCGACGUCACGGUAAGUCGAUCCUAUGCCUAGCACUCCAACCUGGUGCCGUGAAUUUGCCUGUCCGGCAAACGCUUUUCCAGCUUGAUCACAGAGAGCUGACACAUUUCUCGACAGCAUGGAAGGAUCGUGGACCUGCGCGACCCGAUCUGGUCCUCCGAGAUCUCAUCUCCAUCAUCCAACCAGACUUUGAUCCAUCGUACAUAACCUCCUUUAUCCGCAAGGCGGCCAACCCGGACGAUCAGCUACCCCAGCGUCGUAUCUCCACUGACUGUGUGAUCGAGUCGGAGGCACGCGGCGCCCUGGGUUUGACCCAAUGCGAGCUUCCUCCGGGAACCGGCGGCUACCAUUCGUCGGGCUCAGUUGUCAACGCAUAUGGUACGCAGACGGACGAUGUCGAAUCUCUUGCCCUCGCUCGAGGUAGUGGCUUAAGUACUGGUGCCAAGGCGGGCAUUAGCGUGGGAUCUAUCCUGGGCGGCCUUGCAGUCAUCGGUGUUGGUAUCUGGCUCUGGUUGAAGAAGAGAAAUGCUGGCAGGACUGGAGCCUCGAAGUCUGACACCGAAAGCGGCAACGUGCGGAAGGAGAUGAGCGUCACUGAGAAGCACCUCAGCGACUCGGAUAGCCAAAAGUCUUGA